GACUGGGUGAGUAGGGGCCAGGCCCAGGGAGGCUGGGAGGUUGGCAGGAAGGGGACUGGUGGGCUCCAGAAGCUAAUGCCCGCUGGCUGGGCAGUGAAGCCUGGUAUGAGGGGAACUUCAGUGCUAUGCUUCGGUGUGUGGACCUGUCACGAGGCCUGCUGGAGACCCCUGGCCCGACUGGGAACAUCCUUAUGCAGCUGAAGGUGACGGCGCUGACCAGUGUUCGGCUCUGUAAGGAGCUAACCUCAUGGAUCAGAAAACCAGGGGCUUCCUUGGAGCUGAGCCCCGAGAGGCUGGCUGAAGCCAUGGACUCUGGGCGGGAUCUCCAGGUCUCCCACCUCAAUGCCGAGCAAAACCAGCAUCUCCGGGCCUCUCUGAGCCGCUUGCACCGGGUAGUCAAGCAUGCCCGAGCCCAGCAUGUGAGGCUCCUGGUGGACGCUGAGUACACCUUCCUGAACCCGGCUCUCUCUCUGCUGGUGGAUGCCCUGGCCAUGCGCUGGAACGGCCCCGGGGAAGGCGGGCCCUGGGUGUGGAACACUUACCAGGCCUAUCUGAAGGACACACACGAGCGGCUGAGGCGGGCCGCGGAGGCCGCUGACAGGGCUGGCCUGGCCUUCGGAGUCAAGUUGGUACGAGGGGCAUAUCUAGACAAGGAGAGAGAGGUGGCUCGGCACCAUGGGACAGAAGACCCCACUCAGCCGGACUAUGAGGCUACCAGUCAGAGUUACAGCCGCUGUCUGGAGCUGAUGUUGACCCAGGUGUCCCACCGUGGCCCCAUGUGCCAUCUCAUGGUGGCUUCCCACAAUGAGGAAUCUGUUCACCAGGCAACCAAGCGCAUGUGGGAGCUGGGCAUUCCUCUGGACGGACCUGUCUGUUUUGGACAACUUCUAGGGAUGUGCGACCACGUCUCCUUGGCACUGGGGCAGGCUGGCUAUGCUGUGUAUAAGUCCAUCCCUUAUGGUUCCCUGGAGGAGGUGAUCCCCUACCUGAUCCGGAGGGCCCAGGAGAACCGGAGCGUGCUGCAGGGUGCCCGCAGGGAACAGAAGCUGCUCAGCCAAGAACUUCGACGGAGAGUGCUGGGCGGGGCCUGAGGGUACCCCAUUAGCAUCCCCAGGGGUCAUGUGGUUAAUAAAGAUCCUGAGCUAUGGCCCAGGCUGCUGUCCUGCACUGAAGCUCCUCCUUGGGGAAGGGCUAGUCUCCACCUCAGCGAGCCCAAGCUAGAGGCUCUGCAGCUCAAGAGAGACCACUAGCUGAUCCUAGAGCAUGGCAAGGGCAUUGAUCAAAGACUAAUGAUGCCUCCCCUUAACCCUGAGGCAGACUGUCCUGCAAUGGGCCUGGGAUCAGCUCUACUCAGCCAGUCAAUGACUCAUGUGGGAGCUUUCUUCACUCCAGGGGAUGCCCAGAUGAACAGCAGACACUGAGGCACUGAAACCAAGAGGCUGGGAGGGACAGAGGGAAGAGGCAAAUCACUUUUUCAUUUAAUAAGCAUUUACUGAGGCUCCUUCUGGGCUCCUCUGAGAUGAACAAUGCUGGGGACUCAACAGUGACAAAGACAACUGCAGGCCCUGCCUCACAGGGCUUAGUCCAGUAGGGGUAGACAGACCUAUCUUCAGACAGUGACAGCCUGGUGGAUCAAGGCAAGACACCUGGUGAUCAAGAGGGCUUUCCAGGGAAUUCAUAAGGAUAACCAAAGGAAUACUGAGAAGAGCAUUCAAAGGCAAGGGCGUGCGCAUAGACAGAAAAGUUUGCAACAGACUAGGGAGUGGGAAGACAGGGAUGAAGGGUAGGCAGGCCAGACAAUGCCAUCUUUGAUGCCAGAUUUAAGGGCCUGGACUCUGUCCCAAGGGCCCUGGGGAGCCAGGAGAGUUUCAAGCAAGGGAGGAACAGAGUCAGGUUUGGCUUUAGUAAAGACUCCCCUGGCUACCAUGCAGUGAGUGUACCAGAGUGGGGAGACAGGCUGGGAGCCCAAGGGAAGAUGAAGUAAGAAAUCCCUGCAGGUAGCUGGAGCAUGGCAGGGC